AAGGGUGGGGUUGGAUCGUCGCGUCUGACAGUACCCAGGCGAACCAGGAUACUUCAUCAUCCAGCCGUCGCUCCUGUUCUUUGAAGACUCGACCCUCUACCACCUGAGCAUGUACUACCCCGAAGUUAUUGUUGCGCUUGCCGUGACUGCUGCGAGCCUUGUUGCCGCCGAGCAGCAUACCGUACAGUUUACAAACAACUGUGGUACCGGCACCCCCAAGCUCAUUUCGCAGAACGGCGCAACGCUCCAUUCCGGCACUGGUUCUUACACCCAGAACAGCGCUAUCAUUGGUGCCAUCGCCUACCUUCAGACCGGCCCCUGCGGCCUCAACGGUGAUAAUUGCCCCAUCGUCGAGACAACUCUGCGCGACCCGCCGUCGCCUGGCGCAGGCUCCAGCACGGACAUCUCUCUGAUCGCCCCCCACAAGUACACUCGCGCUGUCCACUUCGAGUAUUAUAACGGGUGCAACGGUCAGGGCAAGACGUGCGCGAGCGCGAACUGCCACGAUGCAUUCCACACCCCGACAGACUAUUGGGCUCAGGUUCAGUGCCAGGUCAACGGCGUCGAUCUCCACAUCACAUUCUGCCCUUGAGCAGCAUCUCCGGACUCGCCGCUGUUCAUGAAGAAGCGGGCAUACGCAGGAGGAAAACUAUACAGAAGGAUCAUUCGAAGCAGUCAUAGGUAUCAAGGGCGUCUAAAUCUGAUGUGUUGUGAAACUACGUAGGGAAUAUACAUCGCAAACCUGUAGCAUAAAUGAAGGCGCGUCCAGGAGCGCCGUCUGCC